AUGGAAAAGGACGUAGCUAGGGACGACGAGUCCAGAUUCCAGAAUCCAAUUUUGAGCGCGCUGGACUCCAAAUUGGACGGGUUAUUAGCUGAAGCCUCGUUCGAAGAGGACUUCGCUGGAAAAGUUGGACAAUCAACGGUUCUCCGAAUUGCAGCUGGAAUUGGAUCCAAGAGAGUCGCCUUGCUUGGCCUCGGAGCUUCUGCUUCUGGUCCGGCCGCCUUUAAAGGCCUUGGUGAGGCUGUUGCUGCAGCUGCUAAGUCCGCUCAGGCUGUCCACGUCGCUGUCGUUUUAGCUUCUUCUUCUCAAGGACUCUCUUCCCUUAACACUGCCUCUGCAAUCGCCACUGGUGUUCAUGUAUAUGUGUGUUGUUGUACGGUGUUUUACGGUUUGGUGUUGUUUAGUUUGGACAGCAUAAUUGUCAAAUGUGUGCCUUGUUCGCAUAUUUUCUGUAAAGCAUGUAUAUCGCGUUUUGAGGACUGUCCGUUAUGUGGAGCUGAUAUUGUGAAGAUUGAGCCCGAUGACAAUCUUCAAGGUGUAGUCGAUCGCUUUAUUGAAGGUCAUGCUAGGAUCAAAAGGUCUGUUAAUUUAGACAAAGGUGAAGAAGCAGCAGAAAAUAAUAAGCCUGUCAUAUACGAAGACGUGUCUUUGGAAAGAGGUUCUUUCUUAGUGCAACAGGCCAUGAGGGCAUUCCGUGCUCAGAAAUUAGAAAGUGCCAAAUCAAGACUCAGCCUAUGUGCAGAAGACGUUCGUAGUCAGAUUAAAAAAGUUGGUAACACUUCAGAGUUAUGUUCACAACUUGGAGCAGUCUUGGGUAUGCUUGGUGACUGCUGUGAAAAUAACACUAGAAAUAGAGCUCAACUAAAGUGGAUGCAUCGAAUGGGUCCCAAAAACUUUGCUUUGACUAGUGAAAAAGUGCGUGAAAAGGAAAAAAGAGAGCCCACUCAAUCAGAAAUGUUUGUUGAAACUCGAAAAGGAAAUAAAGGAAAGGAACUGGAUGUAGAAACUGGAAAAAUAAUUGACGACAUAAAUGAUAAAAUUCAAGAGGACGACCUAAAUGAUAAAAUUCAAGAGGACGACGUAGAUGACGAAUUUCAAGAGGACGACAUAGAUCUAGAUGAUGAUUUCAAGAGGAGGAUAUAG